AUGAAAUCCGACUUUAAACUUUCCAAUUUGGUCGGAACCGUGUAUCGGGAGGGUAACCUCGUUUUCACAGAUGACGGCACAAAGCUUAUUUCGCCUGUGGGCAACAGGGUAUCGUGCUUUGACUUGAUCAACAGCAAGUCCUUCACUUUCAGCUAUCAGCAUCGCAAGAAUAUCAAAAGAAUUGCGUUGAACAAGCAAUGUACCUUGAUGCUUUCUGUUGAUGAGGAUGGCAGAGCAAUUCUUGUGAAUUUCACGUCAAGGGUCGUUUUGCAUCACUUCAACUUCAAAGGUGUCGUGAGAGAUCUCCAGUUCAGUGAAGAUGGCCACUAUUUCGCCGUAGCUGUUGACAGAUUUGUGCAAAUAUGGAAGACCCCAGACUUUAACGAGGACCGACAGUUUGCUCCCUUUGUCAGACACAGAGUAUAUGCUGGACACUACAACGACGUUCUUUCAGUGACAUGGUCCCCAGAUCUGCGGUUCGUUCUUUCGACAUCAAAAGAUCUUUCAGCACGGGUAUUCUCAGUUAACAACGAGGACAAAGCUGCCGCUGCCGUGCUCCAUGGUCAUCGUGAUUACGUUAUCCAGGCAUUCUUCAAUUCCACACAAGAAACAAUAUACACAGUCACUAAAGAUGGUGCAUUGAAUCAGUACGAAUAUAUCGAGGAAGACGAAGACGAAGUUGAGCAGAAUGGACAGCAUAAUGAAAGCGACGAUGAAGAGAAUGUCAUGCCGUUGGACGGGAAGGGUGAAAAUUCAGGCAGAUGGCGUAUCACUGCAAAGAAUUUUUUCCAUAUUGAAGGCGGCAGGGUUCGCUGUGCUGCUUUCCACGCCCCAAGCAACAUGUUAGUGGUUGGAUUUACCACUGGUGAGUUUCGUCUUUAUGAUCUUCCAGAGUUCUCUCUUAUUCAGCUGUUGUCCAUGGGACAGAAUGCUGUCGACACUGUUAGCAUCAAUAAAAGCGGUGAAUGGUUCGCUUUUGGGUCUUCAAAGGCUGGUCAACUUCUUGUGUAUGAAUGGCAGAGUGAAUCCUAUAUUCUCAAGCAACAGGGCCACUUCGAUGCCAUGAACUGCUUGUGCUACUCUCCGGAUGGAUCAAGGGUCGUUACUGCUUCAGACGACGGGAAAAUCAAGGUCUGGGACAUCAACUCUGGAUUCUGUCUUAUGACCUUCACGGAGCAUAUAGGUGGUGUCACCGCGGUCAGCUUUGCAAAGAAGGGCCAGGUGAUGUUCUCUGCUUCGUUGGAUGGCACUGUGAGAGCAUGGGAUUUGAUCAGGUUCCGUAACUUCAGAACCUUCACCGCGCCAGAAAGGGUUCAGUUUACGAGUUUGGCAAUUGACCCUAGUGGUGAGAUCGUUGUUGCAGGUUCUCAAGAGGAAUUUGAGAUAUUUGUGUGGUCAGUUCAGACCGGUGCUCUUCUAGACUCUUUGGCUGGCCACGAGGGUCCUAUAUCAUGUCUUGCAUUUGGAGCCGAAGGCUCUGUUUUGGCGUCGAGUUCGUGGGACAAGACAAUCAGAAUUUGGAGUAUUUUCAGUCGAACGCAGCUCUCCGAACCCAUUGAGAUGGAGCACGAUGUCUUGGCUCUUGCAGUAAGACCGGAUGCCAAAGAGGUGGCCGUCAGCACCCUUAAUGGCUACAUCCUUACGCAUGAUGUUGAGCUGACGAAUCAAACUCACUCCAUUGAUAUCAGAAAAGAUGUCUUUGCCGGUCGUCAUAUGAGCGACCGCUUUGAACUGAAGAACAGCGCCAGAGCGAAAAACUUCACUACAAUUGCAUACUCCUUCGACGGCCAAGCUAUAGUAGCCGGAGGAAAUAACAAUAGCAUCUGUCUUUACGAUAUUGCUGACGAGGUCUUAUUGAAACGAUUCGUUGUCUCCGAAAACAUGUCUCUUGACGGCACUCUCACUCAGCUCAAUAGCUCCAAGAUAACUGAUGCAGGUACUUCUAUAGAUGCUGUUGACAUGGCAGGUGAGGCAUCCGAUAAGGAACUGCGAAUGGAUACGUCAUUGCCAGGAUCGCAUCGUGGAGACCCCGGAGCCAGAAACUUGCGUCCACAAGUUCGUGUCACUGGCGUUCAAUUCUCCCCAACAGCCGGCUCGUUUGGUGCUGCAACCACAGAAGGUCUUCUCAUCUACAGUACUGACCACACGGUGGAGUUUGACCCGUUUGACUUAGACGUGGAGGUGACAUCUGCCAGUGUAUUGGAAAGUCUUGAAGAGAAAGAGUGGCUCCAUGCUGUCGUGAUGGCGUUCCGUUUAAACGAGCACCACUUGAUCGAAAGAUGUCUUGAAAGUGUCCCUGUCAAAGACAUUCGUCUUGUGUGUGGGGAGUUGCCACACGUUUACGUCGGUAGACUUCUCGAGCAUCUUGGACGCAGAAUGAAUUCGGGUGAGGGUUCUCAGCACAUUGAGUUCAAUCUUUUGUGGGUGAAGGCGCUUCUAGACAGCCAUGGCCAGUACAUCACAUCAAAGAAAGCAGACUUUGCGCUGGGAAUUCGACUCGUGCAGAGAUUUUUAAGUAGAGUGGCGAAGGACGUGGUUGGCGUGAGCAAAAAGUCGGGGUACCUCUAUGGGUAUUUGAGAGACAACAAGCAAGGUAUAGAAGAGGAAAUUGGGGAGCACGAUAUGGAUGAGAUCAAGAUCGACGAGAGUGAAGGAGACAGUGAAGAUGACGAGGUCGAUAUGGACGAAGAGGAGGAGGAAGACGGAGAGUGGCAUGGCUUUGAAGGCAAGUGA